AUGUAUGCAAGAUAUAUCCCUCCAGCUGGAGGGCAGGCGCCUUCGAAAGCCAGCAGAGAUUCUUCCGUCGCGAAACAAUCGCCUGCACCAUCAUCAGCACCUGCAGCGUCCCGUUUCGAAGAGGAGACGGACUCUCCAAAGCCAAAGAGAAAGCGAAGCGAUGGGGAGCCACCACUGGAAUCUCAGAAAAAGAAGCCGAGGAAAUCUAAGAGACGAACGAGAGAUAUCGAAUCAGAGGAUGAAUCAGAAGAUGAAUCAGAAGAAGAUUCAGAGCUAGAAGAGGCCGAGACCAAGACGAAGCGUGGUUCCAAGCGCGAAGUGCAGAAAGAGAAUGAGCCAAAACAAGAACCAGAAGAGGAGGAGACAAAAUCAAGAAAGAGCAGGAAAUCAGAAAAACAGAGUGAUGAUUUGAAAUUGAACAAGGAAGAAAAGAAGAAGAAGAAAGACAAGAAAAGAAGCGAAACAUCCGACCAUGGGGAUGAAGACGACGAACAGAGGCCUGAGCAGGUUGAUGUUGACGAAGCGAGUCCCAGCGCCCAGGAUGCUGAGAUGGUAGAUGCGGAACCCCCUGCGGAGGACGAAUUGGAAGCUCCCGAAUCCGAUGAGAAGCAGGUGAAGAAGGCUAAACGGGAAAAGAAGAAGAAAUCCCAGGAUGCCGACAUGGACGAUGCUCCAGCGGAAGAUGAAGAAGACAAGCGACACAAGGCCGUCUUUGAACGAAAAGCCAAAUCACUCAAGUAUGCCGAAAUCAUCAAAGAGCAAGGCAUCGUGGAGGAGCCAGAGGAGCCAACCGAGCUGCACGGCUUGGAGCCUCUCCCGCAGCCUGCACGCACCGCGCCAAGCACGGAAAAGCCGACAUACGAGACUCUUCCUCCAUGGCUCUCGGCGCCCAUUCGUGUCUCGGUGGAUACUAGGACUCCCUUUACAGAUCUAGGUAUUCUCCCAAAGGCAGCGCGGGUACUGGAACAAAAAGGCUACACAGAAGCUUUUGCCGUUCAGACAGCAGCUCUGCCGUUAUUACUCCCUACAAACAAACAGCAGCCGGGCGAUCUUCUUGUCUCGGCGGCGACUGGAUCUGGAAAAACACUAGCCUACGCUCUACCGAUUGUGAGAGAUCUGAGCAAUAGCGUUGUUACAAGAUUACGUGCGCUCGUCGUGCUCCCCACCAGAGAACUCGUCAAGCAAGCCCAAGAAGUCUUUGAGCUGUGCGCAAAGGCCUACGAGGGAGAAGACAGAAAGAGGGUGCGGGUUGGAAUCGCCAUUGGUAACCAGUCACUGGCCUCUGAACAGGAUCUUCUCGUGAGCAAGGAGACGCGAUACGACCCGGAAGCAUAUAAGCAGCUGGAACAAGAAGCGUUAUAUCGAACCUCGAGUUCCCACAGCGAAGACGAUCUCGACGACUUCCUUACCGGCCCCAAUACCCAACUUGACGUCCUCAUCUGCACCCCCGGCCGUCUCGUCGAGCACCUCGACCAGACGCCCGGCUUCUCCCUGUCCUACAUCCGCUGGCUCGUCGUCGACGAGGCCGACAAGCUGCUCGCGCAAAGCUUCCAAGGAUGGCUAGACGUUGUCCUAGAUAAGUUCAAGACGAGCCAGUUUGGCGCUCGGGACUUUCCCGACAUGCCGUACUCGGGCGUCCGCAAGAUUCUUCUUAGUGCCACCCUGACGAGGGAUCUAAGUCUUUUGAAUCAGCUCGCUCUGCGCAGACCCAAGUUGAUUGUCCUGGAGAGCGGCAAGGAUGUUCAGGUUGCAGAGCACUCGCUGCCAGAAUCUUUGAAAGAAUAUGCCGUGAGGGUUCACGAUGCAAACCUCAAGCCGUUGUAUCUACUUGAUCUCCUACGAAGCCCACAUAUGGCCAUUAACGACGACGCGAAGAAUGUGGAUCUUGGCACAGAAGCAGAAGCACAGUCCAAUUCAAGCUCAGAGACUAGCUCAGACGACACAAGUUCGGAUUCCGAUUCCGACUCUGAUUCUGACACUAGUUCAGACUCAGAUACAAGUUCAGAUUCGGAUUCGGAUUCAGACGCAGAAUCAAACGCCCGCAACAAGAAAGCAGACUCCAAGCCUUCCAAAUCACAUCUCCCCAGAUCAUUAAUCUUCACAAAGUCCAACGAAGCUGCCCUGCGCUUAUCCCGGCUGCUCAUCCUCCUCGACAAGUCCCUCGCUACACAAAUCGGCACUCUCACAUCCACCACGCCAACCAGCAUCCGUCGCAAGACUCUGCGAGCCUUCACCACUCCUUCUUCCCCUCUCCGUCUCAUUAUUGCAUCUGAUCUUGUGGCACGUGGUAUCGAUAUUCCAAAGCUGCCGCACGUCAUCAACUAUGACUUGCCGCCAAGCGUAGCUAGUUACGUCCAUCGUGUGGGCCGUACUGCUCGAGCUGGUCGAUCUGGAUGUGCCUGGACGCUUGUGGGAGACGGGGAGAGUGGUUGGUUCUGGGGUAAGAUUGGUAAGAGUGCUGCUGUGAAGAGAUCACAAAAGGUGGCUAGGGUUAUGAUUGAGGAGAUGAAUCAAGAGAGAAUAGAAGAAUAUGAGAGUGCGCUAGAGAAGCUAGGCAAGGAGGCACUCGAGUCACGGAAGAGAUAG